AUGAGUGUGGGAAGGGCCAAGCAUCACAGCUUCGUGUCCUGUGAAGAAGAGGGCUUGAGACUGAGUGCAAUGCCUGCAGUGGGCAGCUUCGGCAAUGGCAAGAUUCAAACGAGACGAAAGUUCCACAGCCGCUUUGUCAGCAAGGCUGGCCAAUGCAACAUCCAUUUCUCAAACAUGGAUGAGAAGUCACAGCGGUACAUAUCGGAUAUUUUCACAACAUGUGUGGAUGUCCGCUGGCGAUACAUGUUCCUGCUCUUCAGCCUGGUGUUUGUGGUGUCCUGGCUAACAUUUGGCCUGGCAUACUGGGUCAUUGCACUUCUACACGGUGACAUGGACCAUCUUGAUGAAGACGACAGCUUUGUUCCUUGUGUCACGAUGGUUAAAACCUUCGUGGCUGCAUUCCUGUUUUCCAUUGAGACCCAGACGACCAUUGGGUAUGGAGCUCGCUGUGUGACAGAGGAAUGCCCGGCUGCUGUCUUCAUGGUGGUCUUUCAGUCCAUCAUGGGCUGCAUCAUAGAUGCUUUUAUGAUUGGUGCCAUCAUGGCUAAGAUGGCAAGGCCCAAAAAGCGUGCAGAGACACUGCUGUUCAGCCACAACGCAGUCAUUGCCAUGCAUGAUGGGAAACUGUGUUUCAUGUUUAGGGUAGCUAAUCUGAGGAAGAGCCACAUUGUGGAAGCUCAUGUGCGAGCGCAGCUUGUCAAGCCCCGAUACACAGAGGAAGGAGAAUACAUUCCCCUGGAUCAACUUGACAUGAAUGUCGGCUAUGACGAUGGCACAGACCGCCUGUUUCUGGUGGCACCGCUCACUGUCAUACAUGAGAUCGAUGAAGAAAGUCCACUGUUUGGCAUCAGUAAGCAGGAUCUUGAAACACUAGACUUUGAGGUUGUAAUUAUACUUGAAGGCUUGGUGGAGGCCACAGCCAUGACAACACAGGCACGGAGCUCUUACCUGCCCUCGGAGAUCCUGUGGGGUCACCGCUAUGAGCCCGUCAUCUUUGAGGAGAAGAGCCAGUACAGGAUAGACUACGCCUACUUUCACAAAACAUACGAAGUACCAUCCACCCCCAGAUGCAGUGCCAAAGACCUGGAGGAGAGAAAAUUCCCAACAUCUGGUGCCAACUCUUUUUGCUAUGAGAAUGAGCUGGCCUUCAUCAGCAAGGAUGAGGAGGAGGAGGAGGAGGAAGGAGAUGUGGAGGUAGAGGAAGAAAGGAAGAGUUCAUCGGAGCGAGUGAACGAGCAGGCCAAUCCUGGACGUGAUCAAAUGGCGUCACCUAAAGAGUCAGAGAUUUAUCUUUGGUUGACUUUUUCUUUGUUUAUUUGGAUGCAGAACAAUGCAAGUGUCGUGUAAAAAUCCCUAUGACUGUCGCUCUACUGACGUGAGGAAACAACAGAACUGAUCUGAAAAACUGAAACUGAUUUAGAUUUCUCUUAUGAUUAACAUUUUGUUCUUCCCGAGAUGGGUUAUGAAGCUUUAUUAAAGGCAAACAAGACUAUGACAAAGUGCAUGACAAUAGUAUAGUUUUGUAUGAAUAUAUUUAAAUGUUUCAUAGGUUUGGCGGGACAAUCUGGUGCUGUUCACAGUCAAAGUAUACAAUUUGCAACUGAGUGUGGAGUUAGAUUAACACUUUGCAGAAAACUAAACAUUUGAGAAUAUUUCUCCAGAUGAAGUUCUAAAAAAUAGAGGUGUUGAUCAAGUUUUUUCUUAAUGUAAAAACCAUGUGAACAAUAUGACUCUAAAAAAUGUUCAUUAGACAAUGUCAAUGGAUGACUUGGUUAGUUGGCUUACAUACAACUGCUAUAUCAUGGACUGCAUUUAACUAAAGACGACACAUCACAAGGUAGAGUUUUAAACAUUUCCGUAUUUCCAACAAAAAGAGAGAACAGCCUGAUGGUGCAUCACAAGUCAAUAAUGAAGGCAAAUCUCUGUCUUCACAUUUCAGCCAGGGGGAAACAUUAAAACAUGAGUAGAUGUUUAACAGGUCAAUUAUAUCUCAACAGUUUACCAGAAACAUUUUGGCUUGACUGAAUGAGUGUUUGCUGAGCCGCACUGUUUUUCCGCCAAAUGUUCUGUUCUCACAACUUACAAAGCAGUUUACAAUAAUAAUUCAGGUAGAUUUUCAAUUCAACCUUGAAUUUAUUCAGCUGUAGACAAAUGCAGGCUUAUCAUUUCUACCAGACAACCCUAACUGGCUAAAGCUAACGUUAGCUUCCGGAGUUAGUUGCAAAGGUUGUCUCCAGCUAAUUUGUAACGUAUGAACCAGACUUUGUUAAUGAGAAAACAGUCUUAUAUGUGCACCAGUGGCUGCUAUAUAUCCCACUGAAAAGCUAACAGGUCCCAGGCUAAACGUUAGCAUCCUCAUCAGUUGAUGAUGCAUGUGGAAAUCUUAGGAAAUAAAGAAACAACGUUGUGCUUUUGUUUGAUUUUAGAGAAAGUAAGUCCAGGUUUUACAACUAUAAUGAGAAAGUAUAUUCUGUAUGAUCAGACUGUUAUUCCAUACUAACCCUGUCUAGCUUAACUUGUUUUGCUUACACUACAGAAAAAUGUCAUUACACAAACACCUUUUUAAACGUUUUGGAUGAAAGUGUAAACUAGGUAAUUUGUAUCUGUGUUUAACUUUUUAACAGUCAUUAAAUGUUUUUACAAGAAAAAAGAAAAAUGCAGGAAACUAUGCUUUAUUAUUUUUAUUUCAAAAUAGCACUCCAUGGUUCACUUUAAGACCAGGGCACUAUCACUAUCUCAAGUGUAGUUUGCCGGGGUAAGAGUAAAUUAUCCCAUAAUCCAUUCAAUACUACAUCAUUUGCUAGUUGUAAAAAAAAUGGACAUGAGGAAUCAGGGUAGUACUGUCGGCAAUGCUUCAGCUCAGGCUACUUAAGAGCAGACCAUCUAUCUCAUAGUGAAAGAGAGGCAAGGUCAAAUAAAAAGGUGUGAACCUGACAAACUCCUCACAUAUUGGCAAAGAAAGACUUGACACAUUAUUUUUGAGGGCCAUGCAUUACUUUGGUGGAGUUAUAACCUAAUGUAUGACAUCUGUGCUCAUUGUGUUUAAAAGUCAAAUCCAAAUAACACAGAUUGAAAGAAAAAUAAUUAUACACACAACAACAAUAAACGGUGCAGUUUGAAGAAGAGCAGAAUAAAUGGCUGAGAAUACCCCUUCAAGUGCUUAAAUAUAGAUAUAAAAACAUCAGAUUACUGCCUUUGAGAUUAUUCAGAUAUUUAUAGGACAACAUUUAGCAGAAAUUCUAAAAACACUUGUGGAAAAAAAGUAACAUUUUAAUCAAAUCUAACUCAAACAUUAUGUCUUAACAGAUGUCUAACUAGAAAUCAGUGCAAACAAAUCCAACCAUAGCCUGAGAUAGCCCCAGGUAUAUUAUUAACGUAUAACAAUGUGAGAAAACAGCAGGGGAUAGAUGUGUUUAAUCAUAAUCAUGCCUUUCAGCGUCCCAUUAUCACACCAACCUGCUCACGCAUUGGCAGAUCACACACAUGGCUAAAAAUACAUGAAUUUGCUGCUUCUCAUAUAACCAACCUCCAAUUAUAUUUGUCUUUCUUUCAUUAUAGGAUACAUAAUAAAUAUAUUAGGUCAGACACUACUCCACUUGGUGAAAUAAAUGAGUAUUUCCUCCACACUUCUCAAGCUUAAAGCUCCAUGUGGGUUAAUGUAUACACCUGACAGCCGAUUCAGAACAUUUUAACACAUUCACAUUUAUAUCUUGUUGCCUUGGGCUUGAAAUAUCCGAAUGGGCUUGCUCCAGAAAACAAAUGUUGUUUCCAUUGCCAUUUGAACCAAGAGCGGGACUGUACAGUUAAAGGGAAGAACUCAAAUGUGUAUUUGUCUUGCUGUUAUUGUAAAUAAAUUAUUAUUAUUUUUGGUUUGAUGUUUCUGGUUGAAUAGACAUAAGUAACAAUACAUUGUUUAAAAAGCUCUCUCUCUCUUCUGGAAAUACUUGCUUGAUGGACUGACUCAAUUAAAAAACUCUUCCUGUCUUCCACUUAAUACAUUUGAAGCAAUUUUGACUCUGGGUUGCACCUUGUUUUCUCCUUACAGGGUUUUAGUUUGUUGUGUGAGACAACAAUAUAUAAAUUGAGGGACAACAACAUUAUUCUCCUGUUGAUUAUCACAAUAAAAAUAUA